ACAUGAAAAGUAUCAGAGGUCACUGAGGUCCAUCCAUUCCUUAUUUCACUGCACACUCCCUUCCGUACGCAACGACGUCGUUUUGCAUACCCUAACCCCGAUUCCCUUCUCGAAAAGCCGGUGCUUCCCCUUCUCUAGUAUUGAACGUAUCCACAUUCCCAAUUUCACUCGCUUCUCCUUUUCUUCCACUGUUCUUAGUUAAACUAUGUCGGGCAGAAACCGCGGGCAACCCCUUCCUCCUCCGCAUGCCGCGGGGCUAUCGCCGCCAAUUCACGACCACCCGGUGUUCGGCGCUCGGGCCCAUCACCAUCUGGUGGGACCCAUUGUCCCCGCCCAUCCCCACCCCGCGCUUCUGGAAGACUUCCGGGACUCGCAGCUAGGGCUGGGCCCACGCGGGCCCAUUCCGCUUCAUCCGGCGGCGAUCAUCGAGGAGCGUCUCGCGGUCCAGCACCAGGACAUUCAGGGCCUUCUGGGCGACAACCAGAGACUCGCCGCCACCCAUGUGGCCCUUAAGCAGGAGCUAGAGGCAGCCCAACACGAGCUCCAGCGCGUGGCGCACUUCCGAGACUCGCUCCGGGCAGACACAGAGGCCCGCAUGAGGGAGCUCUACGACAAGUCGGCCCAGCUCGAGGCCGAACUCCGGGGCACCGAGGCCAACCGGGCCGAGCUCCUCCAGGUCCACGCCGACAUCAAGGAGCUCACAGCCGUCCGUCAGGAUCUGUCCGGGCAGGUGCAGGCCAUGACGCAGGACUUGGCCCGCAUGACUGCCGAUGCCAAACGGCUGCCGGCGCUCAGGGCCGAUGUGGAGGCCAUGAAACAGGAGUUGCAAUGUGCAAGGGCUGCCAUUGAGUAUGAGAAGAAGGGAUUCGCAGAAAACUAUGAGCAUGGUCAAGUGAUGGAGAAGAAGUUGGUUUCAAUGGCUCGGGAGAUGGAGAAGCUUCGUGCGGAAAUUGCUAAUGCAGAAAAAAGAGCACGGGCUGCUGCAGCGGCUGGGAAUCCAGGCCCAGGGUAUAAUGCAAAUUAUGGCAAUGUUGAUGGUGGAUACGCUGGAAAUCCUUACCCUGGAAUUUAUGGCAUGAACCCAGUACAGUCUGGAGGGGAGAAUUUCCCUCAGUAUGGACCAGGGCCUGGGGCUUGGGGUGCAUAUGACAUGCAGCGAGGUCAAGGACACAGAUAGAUUCCUGUUAAGCAAUCAUAUAACUGGGCUAUGAAUUUUGGGCCCAAACAUUGUGCCCUGACUCUGAUUCCAUCAUUCAGAUCUGCAGUGAAUGAGAGAAUAUGCAUGGUGGUGAAAAAGGAAGAUAUCUCAAAAGCUACUGAAAAAGAACUCCAGCGGGGCCAGCAGAACAAAAUUAUAGAGCAAACCAAAGAAAAGAAGAAUAUACCUGGGAGUCCUAUUUCCAUGAUAUGAGGACUAAAGUACAAAUUUAACAUCUUCGUAUUACUGAUUUUUGUGAUUCAGGAUGCUUGGUUUUAUGCAAUUAGUCACUAAAUUUAUGGUAUAAUUAGUUUGGUUCGUUUGUUGGUCUUUUAAAAACUGACAAGUUCCUCUUUUGAAAAAAUAAAUAAAUCAAAGCUUUAACUUU